AUGUCGGAUCGCCAGAGGUUGCUACAACGGUACGUAGAACGCCAAGACGUUCUCUGGCAGCAUCUGGACGACGCGCGCGCCGUUGUGGGUGGAUUCGCCGCACUGGGCUUCAUGCUCCGCGACCACGACGCAUGCGGUCAUACGCUGGACAUAUAUGCAUCGUCGAAUCAAGGCAGGCUGCUCGAACAGGUGCUCGAGGAAGACCCCGAUCUGGACCUCUCCGUGGUGCAAGUGCAGAGACUCGAAGAUGACUACCGACAAAUCAGACGCCACGUCUCUCGUACUGUAACGUUCGCCACCAAGAACGGAUGCUUCAUCAAACUACACAUCUCCCUAUCCCUUUCGACAUACGACCCUAUCGCCACCUCACUCACCAGUGCCCUAAUUAACUGGGUGUCGCCCCACGCGUUCGCGUGCGGGUAUCCUGUGCUCACGCUCGCGCGUCGAGGACUCGCCCUGUUAGAUGGGGAUCCCGGGUCGAUGGAGGACCAUCUCGCAGCAAGUCUCCGCGACAUUGGGUUCGAUGUCCGACCUGACCCGACAACGUGGCCUCAAUACGCCGCUAUCGCUCCCCCUUCACGGCGCUCGUGGCAAUUCGCGUGCAUGCGCAUGUGGUAUGUUUGUCCCCAUCAAGGUCGUUUCUUCGGAGACGAGGGGUCGCUUCUCACAGUCUUCGACUUGCUCGGAGUCAACCACAACGACCUGAAGCGUCAACGUCGGUCUCCUUACGGCAUCGGAGUAGCUUGGCGCAUCUCCAUUCCCUAUAUGCCGUGCGACGGGCCUUGCACCCUAUACGACCCCCUACUCCCGGAAGAAGUGCUAACCUUGCCGGCUGUGUUUAUAGACCAGGGAGUUGAGCUGCGCAUUGCGCAUGUAGAGUACAGCAUGUAA